AGGCCAUUGACCGGGGCUGGCACGACUUCGUCCACUGCGACGAGGUGACCCUCCGGAGCAGCGGCUUUGUGGACAAGGACGACACCGUGUGCUUCCGCGCUUCGGUGUACCUGGCCGGCGGGGCAAUGAAGGUGAACAGCAAGAACAAGUCCAGAUACAUGAGCUUGGGCAAGAUCGACCCUGGUUUGUAUGAGAAAGUUCCCAACUACCUGAACAGCAUCGUGCAGGUUUGGUACCACCUUGGAUUCUUCCGCAACGCGAUCUACUCGGCGUCCAUCACCGGGCAGAUGUCGGGGCAGAAGAAAUCCUGCGUGUUGCCAGCCCUACGGGAAAUCUUUGUUCGGCUGCAGCACCGCACGAUGCCGGCGUCCUGCUCGGUGCUUUGCGCCGCCUUUGGGCGCAAGGGCUGGUCUCGCGUCUGCAAGGCCGACCCGGACGGGUUCUGCACCGAAGUCUUCCAUUGCCUGGAGUCCGAGUUCAUCCCCUCGGAGAUGCUCAAGGCGGAGGAGGCGGCGGUGAAGGCAGCAGCCAAGGCGAAGGGAAAGGCGGCCAAGGCGAUCCCAAAGGUGGUCGAGGUGCCGCAGGAGAACCGGGCGCUGUGGGAGACGGUGCAGGAGAUGUUCGAGUUCGAGGUGGAGUGGAUCGCGCAGGCGAUCGACGGGGACUUCUCAGACAGCUCGGUGUACCAAGGGCCUUGCUUCACCCUGGUGGUGCGCGGGUUCAAGACCUUGGAGGACACCUUGGACCACUACUUCUCUCCCAAGGUCAUCGAGGAUGGCGCUGGCCUGCGGGUGCGCACCAUGCGGAAGUUCCGGCGCAUGCCGAACGUGCUGCAGUGGUACCUGAAGCGAGGCGACUACGACUGCUGCACGGGCCUUUCCGGGGUCACGGACACCUACCUCAGCUUCCCGCGUCAGAUUGACAUGGGCAAGUACUCCGAGGGGGCGGGCGUGUACCACCUCUACGCCAUCAUGGUGGAGUGCGAUGACCACUUCCUCUCUUACAUCCGACCAGAGAUGGAAGGUGACCGGGGCCAGUGGUACCGCUUCGACGAGCGCGAGAACGCCUCCUGCGCGGUGUCCAACGCCACGGCGGUGGACAGCUCCUUCGGGGGCGAGGAGUGGCUCUGCGUGAACUAUCUCUACGGGCCCUCAGCAGUGCUGAAGCGUCCCCGGGAGUCGCGCGCCUGCAUGCUCAUCUACCUCAAGGACGACGCGCUGCGGACCUUGCUGCGGGAGCCGCGCCUGCCGAAGCUGUGCCCGGAGCUGCAGAUGCCCGGGAGUCGGGAGGCCCCCACUCAGGCCUCGGUGGAGCUGGAGGCCGCCAAGGCGGCGGAGGCGGAGCUGCUGGAGGACCUGGACGCGGAGCAGCUCAAGGAGGUGAAGAAGAAGAAAGCGAAGCAGAAGAAGAAGCAGAAAGAGAAGGAGAGGAAGAAUCAGGCGAAGGUGGAAGAGCCCGAAACUGCGGCCAAUGAAGCAAAGGACGAUGAGAGUGAGGAAGAGGACGAGGACGAGGAGCCUCUGAAGCCCGAGCCGAAGCUGGAGGUGGUGCCUGCGGUUCAGCGAGACUCUGACGAAGAAGGAUUCGAGGAAACCCUUCGGGCGCCCCGAGGGAAGAGGGGCCGCGCGGCGAAAGCGAAAGCAGGUGCCCCGGACGUGAACAGCAAGAACAAGAAGAAAGAGAUCAGCGCCUCCCAAGGCGCCAGCGCCUACCCGGCGCCUUUCGCCGCGCCGCUCAACGCGGCGCCGGCGCCGGCGCCGUUCGCCGCGCCGGCGCCGUUCCACGCGGCGAAGCCAAAGGUGGAGAAGCGCGAGGACCGAGAGGAUGCUGCGGCCAGCGAAGGCCGUCGGUCCGACGCGAGCUCUUCGAAGGCUGGCCGCGAGCCGAAGCCUGCGAGCCCGAGCCCGGGCAGCCCGGGCAGCCCGCCGGCGGUGGCUCAGGCCAAAGCGCGGGAGCCACGGGAUGCCAAGCCGCUGAACGGCAUGCUGAAUGGCCGGAGUAUGAACGGUGCCAAGCCGAAGCCAGAGCCGCCGGACAAAGCCAGCGCCGGCGCCUCGGCUGCCACGGCCUCGCGGCCGGCGGCGAAUGCCGCGGCCAGCGCCGCGGCAAAUGCCGCGGCCAAUGCCACGGCGGGAGGCUCUGCUUCCUCGAGGUCCAGAGAAGAGGUCGAAGGGGAGGCGGUCACGCGCCAUCCCUCCUCCUCCUCUCGCUCCUGGCCCACCGAGGAGGGUGUGAAGGUCUACCCGGAGCAGCUGAUCACGCCGGCGCACGGCUCGCUGGACGACUGUGCGCAGUUUGUUUGCGCGCUCUGCAAGCUGGUGUCAAGGCAUCCUGUCUUGAUGCGCAGCUGCCUGCACAUGUUCUGCUCCGGCUGCUUCAACCAAUGGGUGCAGCAGACGAAGCCCCAGGUGGUCUGCCCCGGCUGCCAGCAGCCGGUGCGGCAGCAGGACGUGGUGCAGCUGGAGAGCGCCACGGGGCCGGGCCUGGCGCUGCUGCAUCGGCUCUACAGCGGCAUGAAGGUGAGGUGCCUGUACCACCCCGAGCUGGAAGCCUCCAGAGGACAAUCCUCCAGAGGCACAUGCUCGUGGAGUGGCGCCUUACUGGACUACACCGCACACCUCGGCAAUUGCCAGGUGCAUGCGGGGUCCGGCGAAAAGGCCGCGGAUCCCGCGGCCGCGGAAAAGACCGCGAGAGAGAGUCCCCACACUGCGCUGGCUGUGGGCAUGUUCUUGGCGACCUCCACUUGGGAGGGGCUGACUACUGGCACGCUGCCGGUCCAGCGUGGUGCGCGGGUCUGGGUGUCCCAACUGGACGAGCGCGGCGAGUGGGCGCUGGGCCAGCUGUACCAGGAGUGGUCUCCCGUGUCGGAGGCGGCCUGGGUGCCGCGCUGCGUCUUGACGCCGGCGCUCUUCCCGGUGCACAGCCCCUUCGACCCAGCGCUGCAUGCACAUCAGGCGCAGGGCCUCGCGCUGGCGGCGGGGGACCUGGUCGGGGUGCAGAGCCUCCACAACGGCUGGAGCUACGGCGCGAAGAUGACGCCCCUCAACGAAGCAGGCGAAUCUGGCUGGUAUCCACAGGCGUGUAUCUCCGAGCCGCUGCCAUUGUGAGCCGGCGCUUCCGCGUGAGCCGCUGGCCGGUGAUCGGUCGCGGGUUCUCGAGGUUGAUCCAAAAACGGGGGU